CUUGUGCAGAUGGCUUUUGGGGUCAGUCUUGCACUAACAUAUGUGGUCAGUGUAGUGGAUCUACAUGUGACAAAACAAAUGGCCAUUGUACGUGCCUGGCGGGAUGGGCUCCUCCGAGAUGUACAGACUGUACCAAUGGUAAAUGGGGUCAGUAUUGCAGUUACGGCUGUGGUCAUUGUGUUGGACCUUCCUGUGACAAACAGGAUGGACGUUGUACGUGUCAGACUGGAUGGGCUCCACCGAGCUGUACAGCCUGUGCCGAUCGAUUAUGGGGUCAGUCUUGCAAUAAGAGAUGUGGACAUUGUACAGGAUCUACAUGUGACAAAACAACAGGACGUUGUCAGUGUCAAACUGGAUGGGCAUCACCGACAUGUACAUCAUGUGCAGACUGGUUUUGGGGUCAGUCUUGCUCUAACAGAUGUGGCCACUGUAGUGGAUCUCCAUGUGACAAACAGACUGGGAGCUGUACAUGCCAGAAUGGAUGGGCUCCACCGAAAUGUACAGUUCACUUGUUCGGCGACUCAUAUGACGGCCAUUCUGCAGAACGCCACAGUUGUUCGCGUUUUCUCUAUCUGCUCCCAGCCUGUCCUAGCAACAAGGGGAUAUUGA